UCUGGAACUCCAUAAAAGGCGGGCGCCGAACUUCUGUAUUCGCCAGGUUUCUAUUUAAUGAUGGGCACUCGAGGUUCGAUCAAGGCGGCCUCAGGCUCAAGAGUCACGGCUGACUUCCUGAGCCGCAGCAGGUUCAUUGGCAGCUUGUGGCAGCUUGGCAGUGGCGAUUCGUUGGGGGACGGAGGCCCAAGGGCUGGCUUUGAGCUGCGGGCCGGGUGAGGCAGUAUUAGACAGUACGAGGUGGACAGGUCCGCUUCUUGCAGACGUCAGGCGCGCAAUGGUCGCCGUCCGUCAGAUGGGCGUUUUGCUUCGCCUGGUGAAUUCUGCGGUGUUCUUGGCUUUGGACGUCGCUGAUGUCGUCCUAGGGUGGCUGCUCCGGUGGCUUGAUGCCUUUUUGCUGCCUUCAUGUGCGGACACAUCAUGCCGCUGCAAACAGGCCUCGCACCAGGCGGGGCAGGCGGUGCUCUACCGCUCGCAGGGGCAAGACUGCGGCUGCUGGGGGCUCAAGUCGGAAGUUGGUGGCCUUGCCCUCUCUGCUCCUGGUGCGUCCGGGCGCCCCUUGGUUCGCGAAGGCAGCCAGUACAUCGUGGAUCAGCGCAGCGCUCGCCAGGAGGGGGGCUACCCCAUUCGCUGGACGGACUGCCGCUGCAAGGCCUGCCGGGCGGCGCACGAAGGCCACCAAAAAGCAGGGCACCUCUUUGUGCGAGUAGAGGGGGCGCACGACGUCCCCCCAGUGGGCGCGGACGUCAUCUUUUUGCACGGCAAUCUGAGCAGCUCCAACUUCUGGGGGGACUCGGUGCUCCCGCAGCUGUCUCCCGAGUUCCUUUCCCGGCACCGCGUACUGCUGCCGGACCUCUUGGGGCUUGGGCGCAGCCCUCGGCCGCACGCGUGCCUCUAUACUAUUGGCGAGCACUUGGCGGCGCUGGAGCGGUCGGUGCUGGCUGCGCAGGGGGUGGGCCAGUUCCACCUGGUGGGCCACUCCAUGGGCACCCUGCUCUGCUUGGCGCUGGCUGCCAAGUACCCACACCGCGUGCGCUCCAUCACCCUGUUUGCGCCCGUCUACAUCACGCCGCAGCAGGACAUUCCCGUCUGUGAGGCGUUGAUGAAGCAGUGGGCGCCUAAGGCUGCCUGGCCCCCCAAGGAUUUCGCCUUGUCGUUCAUCUGCCACUACUACCACCUGAGCCGUGCCUUUUGCUUCGGGCUGUGCGCCCACCACCGGUUCUGGGAGCCCCCCCUUACCGCCCUCCUGCAGGCCCUCUGGCCCCGCAGGUUCCCGUCCAGCCUGAUCGUCGACUUCAUGCAACAUUCGCACGAGUCAGCGUGGCACAUGUUCCACAACACCAUCCGCGGCGGCGCGCACGUCCUGGAGCCGGCCCUGGAAUGUCUGCGGUGCGCGGGGGUGCCGAUUUCGGUGGUGCACGGCCGCCAUGACAUUGUGUGCCCGUAUGAGUCGGGCGAGGCCAUGCAGGCGCGCUUCGGGAACGUGCGCUUCAAGGGCCUCCCUGAUGCCAACCACGUGACUGUGGUCAUGGGCAGGGAGGCGCAGGCCGCCAGGGAGGUGGAGGCGCAAGUCGGACGAGCGGAGAAGCAAGCGCGCUGAUACGCGGGAUAUUCGAUCUCGCUUCUCUGUUGGGUUGGGUUGCGGAGUUGGAUGCCAUAGAAACCAUCCCAUGGUUGCAAACAUUCUUUGAUUUGAUCAUUGCUGUAACGGCCACAAGCGGCGGUCGUACAACAGGGACCAGAAUCAGUUGAGUUGCCGACUGCUAGAUUGGACGGCUCCGCUCCUAGAAACGGCCCACAGCGUAGCUCGUGUAGAACAGGUACGCCGGGCGUGUAUUGGGGAAGGAACUCAGUCCAUGCGGUCAGAAAACCAACGCAUAGAUUGGACGACUGGGUUCGAUUAUAAACAAAGACGGUAGCUGACACUAUAGUACUUGAUCACUUGACAGCAUAUAACCGUACAUGCAGCAGAGCAGACCCCUGGCUUGAAGUCGAAUAGUUCAAUGUCCACAAGAACCACUUUGGACGAACGUAAUGGAAGGGCCUUUUACUUGAACGAAUUAGCUCAUCAGUGAG